UACAGAGCUUCUGCCUCCUCUCGCUGCAACGCUUCCGUCAGUCCUUCUCUGCUGAGGACCUAAGCAUCACACCGCCGAGAGAUCGGUAAUGUUCCUUAAUCCUUCCCCGAUUCCAUUCCAGCCCUGCUCUAAUUUUUGGCCGGAAAUUAACUGGGUUUUUCUGCGGCAAAAAUCCUUUCAUAACACUACUGUAUUAAUAUUACUCUGUGCAUGACAUCCUCGUUCUCUGAUCCUCGCCCACUUGAAGAAUUGUGCUUUUGCCUUAUGCUGAUAUGCCCCCAGAAAAAAACAGGGGACGUCGCCGCCGAGAGCACCAUGAGCAUCAGGGCGAUGGCCACCACCGGCCUCACCGUCGCGCUGUUCGCUGCCAGCGUCGGCAUCACCUCCGGCGGCGCAUUCGGCUCGCUCCUCAGCUUCGCGGGGGUGCUCGCCGGCGCCAGCAUCAUCACCGCCGGCGUCGUGAUGGCCAACGACGGCCCAGCCGCACCAGCCGGCCCCGCGACAUGCGACGGCGCGCGCUCUCUCGCGGCGUUCGUGCGUCGCCACCUCGCCGUCGUGGGGCUCGCCGUGGCUUCCUCUGCGGUCACGGCGAUCUCCGGCGAGGCAGGCCCGGCGCUCUGCUCCGGCAUGUUCGCUCUGCUCCUGCUCGCGCUCUCCCUCAUCACCUACGGAGUUCUCGGCGAUUAGCUGGUAAAUAUCACCAAGUAAAGAACCAUGCACCACAUCAUUCCUCUCUAUUGUUGCCGAAUCAAGCUUGUUCAUGAGUCCUAGUUUCAGGUUUCUUUUGUUUUUCUGCAUGUUAGUUUUGUGCACGAGCCCGUGGUGUGUACGUGUGCCAUGCAUCUUUGUUUGUAGUCCAGUCCCGAGCUUAUCUCGCGCUGGUUCAGUUGUUGGAGUCGUGGGCUCGCUCCCGUCGCGCACUGGACGCGUUCCGUGGUCAAGGCAGGCGUGGGAUGGCGCGUCUGUUGCGGGUCGUGGCGAGGCCGGCGGGAGCGUCGCCCGCUCGUUGUAAGCUCUGAAUAAAUGGAUCAAUAGAGUCAGAAAAACGCUGCAACAUUUUGGCA